AGUUUGAGGCAAAGACUCAUCCUCCGAUUCGCUGCCUACGUUGCAUGAUUGAGCGAUAUAAUUUUUUGCACACAGUGGCAAGAUAGUAUGUUAGUCUUCACUGAACAGUGGUCUAUGAGGGUGACUAUUGCAUUAGUUGAACCAGUAGUGUACUUCAUGAAGUUCUAAGGCGAUUUUCAACGAAAGUAUUAUGUAUCUCCUGAUUGUUACCUAUGAGGAUUAAAACUGUAAGUGAUCUUUCUUCUUUUAUUUAACUGGUAUAUUAAUCCAUACUAUCAGAUUAAUAUUGGGCAGUAGUACCAUUACCAUUCAAUAUCUCGAUUUUUUCUAUAGAGUAGAUGUGAAAACCAAACUAUUUAUUCACACCGUUAUACUGCCACAGUGUUUAGUCAAACUAAAAGAUCUAUAUAACACAUUGUCAGUAUUCAAUAGAACGAUGUUACUGUUAACCACAGCCCUAGUACAUGGGUCUGAUGGAUAUAUUUGAGCAUAUUUGAUGCAUAUUAUUUCCAAUUCGAGAGAAAACAGUAUUUUCAAUAUUGUGGACUAUUUUUAUGGAGCUACAUCUUAUAAUAUUCGUGGCAUCUUAAGAUCCAGUGAUCGUCUUCCCCAGUAUGCUUUUUGACUGCAAGUCCUGCAACUGCUGCACUGAGCUAUAUUAGUAAUGUUCAACACUAUAUUCAACCAUUCUUGCAGUCAAAUUUUCGCAAUCUUGUUUCCAGGUUAUGCGGGAUUCAUAGUGACUGCUUGGAACAGUUUCAUACAGAGAGUUAUCAGUGGAGAGUUUUGGUUCGACUUGUAUUUGACCUUAUACAGAUGGCUGAGAAGUUGCAUUCUCGAUUUCUCCAAUCUUAAAGAACUCUUCUUUCCUAAACGCUUCUACGAACAGAAACCGUUUGAUUUGCUAAGUCUCCUGAAACUUCUGUGAUGAAGAUGAUAUUGAAGUAACCAUGUUGAUCUGUUCUGGCCUAACAUAUUCUCUCAAUGCUGUCAAAAAUUCUGUCCUUAUGCUAACUCAUGUAUAUGUUAUGCGUGUUGGAAAUAAAAGCACACAUCUUUA